AAUUGGAAAUCCAUAAAAGGGAGGAAAAAACCCUAAUCCCAGCCCUCUUUCUUCGAUGUUUAGAAUUCCAACACCCCCCUUUCUCUGAUCUCCGUCUCCAGCAACAGCACAGGGCAGAAUGAGGUUGGAGAAAUGCUGGUUUUGCUCUUCGACGAUAUACCCAGGACAUGGUAUCCAGUUUGUCCGGAACGAUGCCAAGAUUUUCCGGUUCUGUAGGUCAAAAUGCCACAAGAACUUCAAGAUGAAGAGGAACCCUAGAAAAGUGAAGUGGACUAAAGCCUACAGAAGGCUGCAUGGAAAGGACAUGACACAGGAUAAAACCUUUGAGUUUGAGAGGAAGAGAAACAGGCCUGAAAGAUACGACAGGAAUAUGACGGAGAACACACUGAAGGCCAUCAAGAAAAUCGACAAGAUUAGAAGCGAAAGAGAAGCCAGACACAUCGAGAAGAGGAUGAAACCGAAGAAGCAAAAGGAGCACAAGGAGGCAAUCAGGGAGAUAGACCAGAGCAUAUCGCUGAUCAAGGCGCCGUCUUCUCUCCUGCAGCAACAGGAUCAGACAUCACCAAAGCUCAAAGUCCCAGUCUCCAGCCAGCAAUCAUCCGACCAAUACAACGCCAUGGAAGAAUGAUCUUCUGUAUUGCUCCGACUCUGGUUCUCGAAAAAGUGCUUUUCUUUCUUUUUUGCUCGUAAGCGAACCGAAUAGCUGAGGUUUAUCAAGUCAAAUGCAGAGUUCGGUUUGCUUUGGAAAUUGCGGUACUGACGUGUUAUCACUUUCUGGUUGUGCUCAACAAAAGGGCAACCAUACAUAAUGUACUUCACAAUAAAACCGGUUGGCCUA